AUGGGAAAUAAUAAAAACAGACGUAAGAACUCCAAUUCUGGUGGUGGUGCUAAUGAUUCUAGUCCCAGACGCAACAAUAAGAAAGGAGGAGAUAGAGGUAAGGGAAGAAAUCACAAGAGCGAAAAUGAAGGAACUCACAAUAAAGGUAGGGUCCCCCAAGAAUUCUUAGAAUGUCGUAUCUGCGAGGGCAAAUACCAUUGGGAAUCCGAUUGUCGCAAGAAUCCCGCGGGAGAGGGGAAGAGAGGAAGGGAUUCGCCAGAGUGUAGAGAGUGUGGGGGAAAUCAUUGGGAAGAUCAGUGUCGGACUUGGAAAUCGAAAAAUGGCGGGAAUGGGAAUGGGAGUAAUAAUAAUAAUAAAGGUAAUGGAAAUGGACAAGGAGACUCAAGUUCCAGCUCCGAUUCCGAUUCGGGAGAAUGUCUCGCGCCAACCGGUGAAGAUAUCACCCCCUUCUUUCCCAAUGGUAAAUAUCCCAACCGGCCUUGCAGAAAAUGUAAAGAGUCGGGUCAUUGGAAUAAUGCCUGUGAGAAAGAGGGUUUUCAUCCCAUCACUAACCCAAACCCGGGUGCGCCGCACGCACGAAAAGUCGCUUUCCCAGAUGGUCAGAGUAGUGGACAAAUCGACUCGGCAUAUGUUCAAUAUCAUGCUCCGCAAGAAACACAAGGCAGGACGUGUAGUAGCACCGCAAGCCCUUCUGUGAAUUUUGGACAUGCAAAGCAGCGUUUUGAGACGGAGACGGAUAUGGAGUUUGAGUAUGAGGAUGAACUCCAAAUCAAAAUCAAAAUCAAAAUCCGCAUCAAAACCAAACCCCAAACUCCACCCGCGAAACCGACACCCCCGACUACCUUCCCCACUCUUCUCACCCCCAACCCUACCUCACCCACCCCGCAACCCCCAACCCCGAGCACCCCGACCACCCCGAUUCCCGCAUCUACCAGGCGCGCUACCGCUCAUCCACCUGCACACUCUGCCACGGCAGCGCGCACAAAUCCGGAGACUGCAUUACCUAUCGCUGGCUCCUGCCUCGCACACACAGCGAAUGGCGCGCGCAUUCUCAUCUGCAUCAUCCAUCCAACACGAUGUAUCCGCGACCGCACGGCUACUGGAAAGGGGACCCGAUGA